CUCCAGCGAAGCAGGAGUAUGAAGUUUGGGGGGUUUCACAGUAUAGAGCUGCAGCUGCGAGAGAAUGGUGCACCUUAGUCCUAAUAGGUACGGGAUAUUAUCCAAGUGGGAUUUUGGAUUCUUGCAACUUUGACGGCUGGGUUUAGUUUUUGCAGGUGUAUGCGUAAAGUUGAACGUGUGUCGUUUUUUUGCGUCUUUUCCACAUUCCAAAUGGCUUGGAUUAUCCCCCCGCAUCUGCACAGGACUGGCACCGCUUUGAUUUUGCUUGCGGUAAUUUUGACAGGUGAUGCAGUUGCGCAGGUUUUUGACAGCUAUGGAUUAUCGUACGCUUUGAGGUCUGAGUUGUCAGAGGACACGAUAUUGGUUGCCAAUAAUGGGAUCCGCGUGCCUUUUGGGAGAUCAGUGUUUAUUGAUCCCAUUAAUGAUUUGGUGAUCCAAGUUCAGCCUGGUGAUAGAUGCAGCAUAACUGUAUUAGACAAUGAUCCUUUAUCUCAAAGACCUGGACACCUGACUCCCAAAAAGUUUCCAUGUGAAUUUGGACCCAAUGAUGUGAAGUAUUCUCACUUUGGUUCCAGGAGUCCUCCAAGGGAUAGAGUAAGAUUACAGCUCAGGUAUGACACCCAAACGGAUACCAUUAUAAUACCUUUUAUGAUGGAGGUGGAAGUGGUCUUCACACAGCUGGAAGUACUCACUAAGAACAUGCCACUCACUGUUGAGAAACUGCUCGGUACAAGCAACCCCAUUGAUAGAAGAAUAUUAGAAUUUACCUAUGAUAGAGAUGCACAACAAUGCAAAAUAGCCUCACUUGCCAGUGGAAGCAUUCUGCCAAGGUAUGGGAAACUUGUAGAUGAGGACAGCCUCGGAACAAUGGUGGACUGUGAUGAAUUUAUUAAGAUGAACAUCCGUUAUCAGCACACUUUUGCUUUGAAGUCACCAAACAGAGAUUACAUUCCAAUGCUUAUGGAGUUACAUGAUAAGGAGGGCAAUUUGCUCAAGCAGGAAUUUUUCCAAAUUUUGGUAAGGAUUAAAGAGGGAGAAGAGAACACGGCUCCUAAACCCAGCUUUGUGGCGAUGAUGAUGAUGGAAGUGGACCAGUUUGUAAUGACAGCGAUAACCAUGGAUAUGCUGGCUGCAGAGGAUGUUGAGUCUAAUCCUGAUGAAUUAAUUUUCAACAUCACAUCCCCCCUGUCCUUUGAGGAGGGCUACAUAGUGAGCACAGAUGAUAGGAAUUUACCAAUAACCUCGUUUUAUCAAGGAGACCUCAAAGACUUGAAAAUCGCCUACAAACCCCCUGCUGUGGAUUCAGACACUGAGCGGAUUUUCCAGAUUGAGUUUGAGGUCGUGGACACAGAAGGGGCUGUGUCAGACCCUUUUGCUUUCAUGAUUGUCGUUAAGCCUAUGAACACACUAGCCCCUGUGGUCACUAGAAACACUGGCCAGUUACUAUAUGAGGGACAGUCCAGACCUCUGUCCAGUUCACAGAAUUUAGAGAUUAGUGACGAGGACAACUUAGACAAAGUCAAAAUCACUGUAAUUGAUGGAUUGAAGCAUGGAAUGUUAAUUGUUCCGGGCUCUAGGGGGAAGUUUUUCACCCCUGCUGACCUCAAUGCUGGCGUUGUCAUUUAUCAACACGAUGGUAGUGACACGUACAGUGAUAAUAUCAUUUUCCGAAUGACGGACGGCACAAAUGAGGUGGAGUUUCUGUUCCCGAUCACUGUUGUACCAACUGAUGAUGAGCCUCCUAUAAUCAAUGCUAACACCGGGUUGUCAUUGUUUAAAAAUCAAAUGAUGCCAAUAUCUUUGCUCAUGCUAAGUGCAGCGGACAUCGACUCAGAAGAUUCUACGAUAAAAUUUACAAUACAGCCUCCGUUUUCCACAAUCGGACAGGUGCUGCUGCGUCAAUCCGAAGCCCCAGAGGACCCAUCGACCUGGAAGUUUAACACAGAGGAUGAAAUGUACGAAAAAGUAGUAACCGAAUGGCUGCAGCAGGAUAUAAUCGACGGCAAAUUGUUUUAUAAGCACAUCGGGCCUCACAGCACAAGUACAGUAAUGGAUCAGUUUGUUUUUAGAGUUCAAGAUGACAACGACCCUCCAAACCAGUCAGGUGAGAGCUCUUUCAUUAUCAAAAUCCUCCCCGUUGAUGACCUGCCCCCUGAACUGUAUCCUGGCACUACACUACAAAUGACUGUGCACGAGUAUCAGCUUACUCAUUUCCGCAAGAAAUUCCUCCGUUACACCGACCUGGACUCGGAGGAUCGAGAUCUCAAAUACACAAUCGUCCAGCCUCCGACAGAUACAGAUGAGAAUAAUCCUGCUGUUUUAGGAAGUCUGGUGUUAACUGAAAGGCCACAUACUGAAGUCACGACCUUCACCCAGGCUCAAAUUAACCAUCACAAAAUAUCUUACAAACCACCUGAUCUUGAGCUUGGAAUUACCACGCAUAUAUUGCAGUUUAGAUACACUGUGGAAGAUGAUUCUAGAAAUAGAGUUGAUGGACGUUUCAUUAUAUCUUUAAAGCCUGUGGACAAUAAACCACCGCAAAUAAUUAACUCUGGGUUUACUGUGCUUGAACGUGGCACACAUAUUAUUACCAGCGCUGAGCUAGACACCUCAGACACAGACACAGACAGUAAACAAAUAUCAUUUACUAUUACGCAGCCUCCACUGCACGGCCAGAUCCAGUUUACAUUCACUGACAUGAUGAAAGGAGAUACUUUUAGUUUAGAAGAUAUUGGAAGUGGCAGAGUUUCUUAUAUUCACAAUGGAGAUGAAUCAUCAGUAGAUUCUAUACAGAUAGACGUAAGUGACGGAGUCCAUAUCGUCCCUAUUACUAUAAAGAUUAAUGUGAAACCUAUUGAUGAUGAAACCCCAACAAUCAGUCUCCCUCCUGGCACAAUUGGAUCCUAUAUAGAUGUGUUAGAAAAUGGAGCAACAGAAAUCACAAGUAAUGUAAUUCAAGGAAGAGACGAGGACACAGACGACCUCCGCUUGACCUUUAUUGUGGAGGACCCGCCAUCAUUAGGGGAAAUUUUGGUGAAAGGUGUCCCAUCUCGCACCUUCACCCAAGCUGAUAUCAUCAACGGCUUUGUGGUCUACGCGCAUACCAGUGGGGAGAUAGGCUUGGUGACAAAGGAAGACUUCUUUAAUCUCACUCUGACGGAUAUGUCUGAUGAGUGGACUGUUGGAGGAAAUAAAAUCACAGGUGUCAGAGUGCAUGUUACUAUUCUUCCCUUGGACAGCCAGGCUCCGGAGGUCUUUGUGGGGGCACAGUUUUCCGUUGUUGAAGGAGAGAAGAAUGUAAUUGGAAUCCUUCACAUAAGUGCUGAUGAUGUCGACACCCCCAAUGAUGACCUCCUUUGUACAAUCAUUGUACAGCCAACAUCGGGGUAUGUGGAAAAUAUCUCCCCGGCCCCAGGCUCAGAGAAAUCCAGGUCUGGGACAGCUAUUAGUGCUUUCACCAUCAAGGACAUCAGACAGAGUCACAUCUACUAUGUUCAAAGCAUUCACAAAGGUGUCGAACCAGUGGAGGACAGGUUUACUUUCAGAUGCUCUGAUGGCAUCAAUUUCUCUGAGAGGCACUUUUUCCCCAUCUCCAUAAUCCCCUCUAAUGAUGAAAAGCCUGAGAUUUACAUGAGAGAGUUUGUAGUUAUGGAGGGCAUGAACAUAGUCAUUGACACUCCUAUUCUGAAUGGUGCUGAUGCAGAUCUACCACCUGAUCAGCUCACUUUUAUUAUCACCAGACCCCCCAAGCAUGGAUUUAUUCUCAAUCAGCUCACUACCGGCACUGUACCUGUCUCUAACUUCACCUUGGAUGAGAUCAGGGAGGCCUCCAGCAUUGUAUAUGAGCAUGAUGACUCAGAGACGACUGAGGACAGCUUCGAUAUUGCGCUCACAGAUGGGAAGUUCACUGUGGAGAAAACAGUCAUAGUUAUGAUUAUCCCUGUAGAUGAUGAAACCCCGAGAAUGGCGAUCAAUGACGGCCUUGAAAUUGACAUAGGUGAUGUGAAAGUUAUAACCAACAAUGUUUUAAAAGCUACUGAUCUGGACUCUGAAGAUAGCACGCUGACUUAUAUUAUUCGAUACGGGCCUGGUCAGGGGUAUUUGCAGAAAACAACUCCCUCUGGCAUGCUGAGAAAUAUUACAGUGGGAAUGAACUUCACACAGAAUGAUGUGGACCAGGGUUUGAUUGUGUACAUCCAUAACGGGCAAGAGGGGAUUCGAGACCUUAUCAAGUUCGAUGUUACUGAUGGCAUCAACCCUUUAAUUGACAGAUACUUCUAUGUGACAGUAGGUGGAAUUGAUAUGGUUUUCCCAGAUGUGAUUAGUAAAGGGGUUUCGCUUAAAGAGGGUGGCAGGGUUACUCUAACAACAGACCUACUCAGCACCAGUGACCUGAACAGCCCGGAUGAACACUUGGUUUUCACAAUUACCAGAGCUCCAAUGAGAGGACACUUGGAAUGUUCGGAUACACCUGGGAUGCCAAUUUCAUCUUUCACACAGCUUCAGCUGGCUGGUAAUAAAGUGUACUACAUCCACACUUCUGACGACGAAGUGAAAAUGGACAGCUUUGAGUUUGAGGUGACUGAUGGCUAUAACCCUGUGUUCCGCACGUUUCGCAUCUCCAUCACUGACGUGGAUAAUAAAAAGCCUGUAGUAACAAUCCACGGCCUAGUAGUGACAGAAGGAGAGAACAAGCUCAUCACACCUUUUGAGAUUACAGUAGAGGACAGAGACACUGUCGACCGUCUCUUGAAGUUCACAGUUACUCAGAUCCCAGUUCACGGACGCCUGCUCUUUAACAACACCCGGCCCGUCACCUCCUUUACAAAGCAGGACCUAAAUGAUAAUAUGAUCAGCUACAAGCACGACGGUACAGAGAGUGCAGAGGACAGCUUCUCCUUCACAGUCACUGAUGGCACUCACACAGACUUCUAUGUCUUCCCUGAUACUGUAUUUGAGACUCGAAAGCCUCAAGUGAUGAAGAUUACCGUUAUCUCUGUGGAUAAUGGCGUACCGCAGAUUGUGGUGAAUAAGGGGGCCCCGACGCUGCGUGUUCUGGAGACUGGUCAUCUGGGGUUUGUGAUCACCAGUAAAACUCUGAAAGCAGAGGACAGAGACAGCAUCAUGAGUUCAGUGAUAUUUAGUAUUACAGUUCCCCCACUGCAUGGCUACUUGAUCAACCUUGGGAAAGGGAAUGCCACGAUUACUACAUUCACACAAGCUGAAAUUGAUGAUAUGAACGUAUGCUAUGUUCUGAGGGAUGGUGAUAAUGCAACGAAUGAUAUCUUCCACUUCUCCAUUGAGGACAAUGGAGGCAACAAACUGAAGAACCAGCAGUUCCGUCUGAACUGGGCGUGGAUCUCUUUAGAGAAGGAAUACUAUGUGGUGGAUGAAGAGGUGAAGUUCUUGGAGGUGGUGCUGAAACGUCGGGGCUACCUCGGGGAGACCUCCUUCAUAAGUAUUGGCACCAAGGAUGGGAGUGCUCAAAAGGACAAAGACUUCCGCGGGAAAUCACAGAAACAGGUGCAGUUUAAUCCAGGCCAAACCACAGCCACCUGGAAGGUCCGCAUCCUGUCAGACAGCGAGUACGAGGUGUCGGAAACCUUCCAAAUUGUACUGUCUGAACCUGUUAUGGCGGUUCUUGAAUUCCCAGAAGUGGCCACUGUGGAAAUCCUGGACCCCGAUGAUGAAUCAACAGUGUUCAUUCCCUCUGCUGUGUACAACAUUGAGGAGGACAUUGGUGAGCUGCUUAUUCCUGUACGCAGGAGUGGAGAUGUCAGUCAGGAGCUUAUGGUUAUCUGCUACACCCAGCAAGUUUCAGCCACAGGCACAGUCCCCACCACGGUGCUGUCCUACUCUGAUUACAUCUCCAGGCCUGAGGACCAUCACAGCAUCCUGCGCUUCGACAAGGGAGAAGUGGAGAAAUCCUGUCGCAUUGUGAUCAUUGAUGACUCUCUGUACGAAGACGAGGAAAGCUUCAAUGUCACCCUCAGCAUGCCCAUGGGGGGCCGUCUGGGCUCGGAGUUUCCCACAGCCAAAAUCACAAUCAUCCCUGAUAUGGAUGACGCCCCUGUCUUCUACUUUGGGAACACAGACUACCACGUGGAUGAGAGCGAUGGCUUUGUGGAAGUGCAGGUGUCGAGGACGGGAACUGAUCUUUCCAAAGCAGGAACUGUCACAGUGCACUCCAGAAAGACAGAUCCUGUCUCGGCUGAGGCUGGUCUGGAUUACGUGGGGAUCAGCCGAAAUCUGGAUUUUGCACCGGGGGUCAACAUGCAGAGGGUUCGUGUGACCAUCCUAGACGACCUGGGCCAACCGGUGCUGGAGGGGCCGGAGAGGUUUGAGCUGGUCCUGCGGAUGCCCAUGAACGGGAUUCUCGGCGAACCGAGCAAGACCACUGUUCUCAUCAAUGACUCUGUUUCAGACUUGCCAAAGGUGCAGUUCCGCGAGGCUGUCUAUGUGGGUAAUGAGAACUGGGGACAUAUCUCAGCCACUGUGUACCGUAGUGGUGAUAUUAGCUACAAGUCCACAGUUCGAUGCUACAGCAGGCAGGGGACGGCUCAGGUCAUGAUGGACUUUAAUGAAAGGCCAAACACCGACGCCUCCAUCAUCACCUUUUCACCAGGAGAGAUAGAAAAGCCAUGCAUACUCGAGCUAGUUGAUGACACCGAACAUGAGGAGGAAGAGGAGCUUCGUCUUGUGCUCGGAAGCCCCAAGAGUGAAUCACCUUUUGGAGCUUCUGUCGGGAAGCAGAAUGAAACUCUCAUAAAGAUAAAAGAUGAUGGAGACAAGGCUAUCAUUAGGUUUGGAGAAACCAAAUUUAGUGUGAAUGAGCCUAAAGAAAGUGGAAAAGUGUCUGUGGUGAAGAUCCCAGUGGUACGUGUCGGAGAUACAUCUAAAGUUUCCAUUGUUCGGGUCCAUACCAAAGAUGGAUCUGCUACCUCUGGAGAAGACUACCAUCCCAUAUCACAGGAAAUUGUGUUCAAAGAAGGUGACAAAGAGCACUAUGUGGAAGUGGAGAUUUUAUAUGAUGGUGUCAGAGAAAUGCGGGAGGCAUUCACUGUGCACCUAAAGCCUGAUGAGAAUAUGGUAGCAGAGACAAAGAUAAGCAAAGCUAUAAUCUAUAUUGAAGAGACCAACAGCAUGGCAGAUGUCACCUUCCCGUCGGUCCCGAGAGUGGUGUCUCUGCUGCAUUAUGAUGACAUCGACCACACCAAGGACUUUCUCCCUUCUGCCGGAUACCCUGUUAUUUGUGUUACUGCCUGCAACCCCAAAUAUCCAGACUAUGACAAAACAGGCUCUAUCUGCAUAAGCGAGAAUAUCAACAACACACUGACCCGCUACCGCUGGCUCGUCAGUGCACCCACCGGCCCCGAUGGUGUCACGAGCCCAAUGAAGGAGGUGGAUUUCGAUACCUUUUUCACCUCCUCUAAACUCAUCACUCUAGAUUCAGUCUACUUCCAGGCUGGUUCCAGGGUCCAGUGUGCUGCAAGGGCUGUGAACACUAAUGGGGAUGAAGGUUUGGAGCUCAGUAGCCCCAUAGUGUCCAUCAGCAUGGAAGAGGGGAUGUGCCAGUCCCGUGUUGUCGGCGCAGUGGGGGCCGAACCCUUCUCUGCCAAGCUGCGGUACACUGGAGCAGAAAACACAGACCACCCCAAUCUUAUCAAACUGACUGUCACCAUGCCGCACAUUGACGGUAUGCUGCCUGUCGUGUCCACUCGACCCCUGUCUAACUUCGAACUCACGCUGAGCCCUGAUGGCACCCGUGUAGGCAAUCAUCGCUGUUCCAAUUUGUUGGACUACACCGAGGUCAAGACUCGCUAUGGUUUUCUCACAGAAGCAACCAGAAAUCCAGAAGUGAUCGGCGAAACGUCCCCAUAUCAAUACAGCAGCUCCCUCAGGGGGGCCAGUACACUCCGAUACUACAGAAACCUCAACUUAGAGGCUUGUUUGUGGGAAUUCACCAGUUACUAUGACAUGUCUGAGCUGCUUAGUGACUGUGGAGGGACUAUCUCUACUGAUGGACAGGUGCUGAAUCUCGUCCAGUCCUAUGUGACCCUGCGAGUCCCGUUACAUGUAUCAUAUGUGUUUCACUCCCCUGUUGGAGCAGGAGGAUGGCAACACUUUGACCUGCAGUCAGAGCUGAAGCUCACAUUUGUGUACGACACUGCCAUCUUAUGGAGGGAUGGUAUCGGUAGUCCACCAGAGGCUGAACUACAAGGUGCCCUGUAUCCAACCAGCAUGCGUAUAAAUGACCAGGGACGACUUGUAGUCAACUUCCGCACCGAGGCUCGGUUCAGAGGCCUGUUUGUCUUUGCACACCCAGCCUCACCACUUACCUCAAUGGUCAUGUGCCCGGAUCAUCCUGGUUUGACCUUUAACCUCACCCUAGUGAGGAAUGAGCCGACAUACAACCAGCCCAUUCAGCAGUGGACAUUUGUCUCAGAUUUUGCCGUGCGUGACUACUCUGGUACAUACACAGUGAAGCUGAUUCCCUGUACAUCUCCUCCCAGUCUAGAGUACACCAUCCCUCCUGUCUGCAAUCCCAGAGAACCAGUAACCUUUGACUUAGACAUCCGCUUUCAGCAGGUUAGUGACCCUGUGGCUGCUGAGUUCAGUCUGAACACUCAGAUGAUCCUACUUUCCAAACGGUCCCUCUGGCUCUCAGAUGGUUCAAUGGGCUUCGCACAGGAGAGUGACACUGCUUUCUCACAGGGGGAUACAAUUUAUGGUCGAGUGAUGGUGGAUCCAGUGCAGAACUUGGGCGACUCCUUUAUUUGCAACAUUGAGAAAGUGUUCCUAUGUACCGGAGCUGAUGGAUACGUCCCUAAAUACAAUCCCAGUAACUUUGAGUUUGGCUGUCUGGCUGAUGCUCCGUCGCUGCUCUACAGAUUCAAGAUCAUAGAUAAGGCCCAACCAGAGACCCAGGCCAGGUCAUUUGGCAAUGUGGCGUUCAGUGCUUUCCUGGCAGUGGAUGAUCCUGGUGCUUUGGCUCUAGUGAGGCAGCCCGGGUCAGAUGGUUUCAAAAUGGAUUCAUCCGCUCUCUUCCAGGUUUCUGCAGGAAGAGAGUGGUACAUUCACACCAUCUACACCGUCCGCUCCCGCGAAAACGCCAACCGAGGCCUUGGGAAGAGAAGCCUGGAGUACCACGCGUUGACCCGGCACACUGGUCUGACUCCAGAGGCUCAUCACCGCACUAGAAGGUCAGCCAAUGAGAUGCCGGACAUCGCUGACGAGAUCGGAGAGAGCAACAACCGCGGCACGAACAUCCUCCACAUCGCGCUGGACCGUAGCAUCCAGAGGAGGACCAGCCCCGAGACAGAGAUCUUCACCAAAGGCGUAAUCCCACGUGAGCUCAACCAGAGAGACAACAGCGACGACAGACUCAUACUGAUCAUCGGCGUGUUCGUGGGGCUGCUCCUGACGGUGCUCAUCGUCAUCGUGGUGGUGGUGCUGAUCCGAUCCAAACAGGAGAAGAAGGAGGGACCCAAGAACUCGAGCAGCGCCGAGCCGAUGAUGACACGAAGCCUCAGCAACAGCAACAGCGACAGCUCCGAGGUUUAACAGACUGGCCAGUUUCGGUUGGAGUUUUAGUCCACAUUUUUGUUUUGCAAGUGCCUCACGUUUUAGAUAAAAUGAUAAGAUUGUGUGUGAAGCGACACAAACUACAAGAGCUUUGAUUAUAUUCAGAAAUCUACUUGAAAUACCUGCAUCACUUUCACAGCCAUGGAGACAUUUGGGCGCUAACUAGCAGAAUGACUGUGUUAGUAGCUGUUUAAAGGCACUUGUCAAGUUGUCAGCACUCGUUUAUUGAUUUGCUUAGAUGCCUCUUGAUCCAAAAUUGUGUUGUUGCGUUUCCAAAGGUGCUAAAGAAGAUGCCUCUUAACAUGAGUGGCAUUUGGUGUUUUACUGAGUAGGUCAACAGAAGCGGAAUACUACAGGGUAGUAUUCAUACUUUUAAUUUGCUGCAUCAAGACACUAUCCAUAUUUGGCUUACACUGGGAAAACUUGUCUGAAUUAUUCGUCUAUUUGUCUGGAUAAUGUUGUUUGUCAUGACUGUUCCGUGUGAUCACUAGGACAUUCAUUUCAUCACUCACAUGAAAAAUAAUUUUAACAUUGUUUUGUGUGUUUAUGUUUUUGCAUGCGUUUAUUUUUGUACUCCAACAUUUUUCAGAUAUUGUUAAAAAAAAAAAAAGUCGAAACACUGUUUUAAUUGAAAUCAAGUGCAUCAGCUCUACUGUAUUUCCACAUAUUUAGUUUUCUUUUUCACUGUAUAUCCCAUAAAACAGUUUUUAUCAGUAGCUCUUUGCUAUUGUCCAAGGUCAAGUUUGGUAAUUGAGACAGCUAUUGUUAUAAACCUAACAACAGAUGGCACUGAGUCAAGUACAAGAAGUGAAAUUGUAUGAUUCUGUCAUAUUAAAGUGACUUUCAAGACAGCUGGUCUGCAUUGUACAGUGUAGUAUAGUAGUGAUUUCAGAUCCACUAUUUCCCACAGCGGCUCUUUUCACUACUGAGAAACUGACACUAAAUUUGUAAGUCUAGACUUUAGCUUCGUAAAUAUAGAUGGGAUUCCUCAGUCUCUCUCUCAGCAGGGCUACAUGUUGGCUGUUCAUCUUAUUAAACCGUCUAAAUAGGUUCAUCAGAUUUCAUUUAAAGGGAAUGAAAUGUUUCAUCCACAAUAAGUGUCUUUACUGUCAAACCUCCUCAUUCAUGUGUUUUAAAUGUAUUUAUUUAUUUUCGAUGCUUGCAGAUACCGAUCAUUUAUCAUUAUCUUUAAUAUUGAUUUUUUUUUUUUUAUUUCAACAUAUGACUCAAAUGUACUGUUUAUGUGUUUACAUUAAAACAAUGUGCACAUAAGAUCGACUUCAUCCAAGCUUUCUGUCGACUAUUCUACGCUUUCCCAGGCAUCAGAUUGCCGUCGAAUCUGGUUACCUCAUCUUGUUCUUCAGUAUAUUUUACAACAGACUCUUAACUUCAUAAUCAGCACUAUAUAAAUGUUUAAGAAGUUUAUUUGCUAUUUUAUUUUCGAAGAAGAUUCUAUGCAAUUUGUGAUAUACCCUCAUGAAAUGUUUACCCCAAGGAUGUUUUUUUUCAGUGCACAAUUUGCUCGCAAAUCUAUCACUGUAUUAAUGUACUGCGAUUCUUUUAUUCCAAACUACUGCUUUGAGUGUAUUCUCAGCUGUAUGUAUGUAUAUACACGUGUAUUACCUAUAAAUAUACCAUUUGGAUGUUUUGGGAAUGGUUAUUGUUAAAAAAAAAAAAAAAUGCAUACUGUAUGUGCUGUACUGUAAGUAUUUGUACCAUAGACCAGAGGCGCAACAUGGUCUGCAAAUAAAUAAUUUUUUCAAGAAAACAUUA